CAUCCUUGUCUCUUCUUCACUAAGAAACUAAGCUUUCUUCUACAUAAUAGGAGACAUCAUAACAGACCUAUCUAUCCAUUUCACAAGUUUCCAUACCUUGAUUUUGUAAGCGGAGCGAGAGCAGAGGGAAUGAUGAGUGCUGAUUGGGGGCCGGUCGUUGUUGCGGUGGUCUUGUUCAUUCUCUUGUCGCCGGGGCUGCUAUUCCAAUUACCGGCAAGGACGAGGGUGAUGGAGUUCGGAAACAUGAUGACAAGCGGGAUUGCUAUCCUGGUUCAUGCCAUCAUAUACUUCUGCAUACUUACUAUCUUGAUCAUUGCAAUUGGUAUUCACAUACAUAUCAACUAAUUCAAAUCAUUUUCAAUUCUCAGUCUAAUUCAUUGUAAAGUUUUCUUCUAAGCGAACUUCUUAUUUGUUUUGCGCUC